AUGGGCUUACAAAGUGAAAAUCUUGACCCUUUAGUGCAGAGAUUUUUGGAGACCAAAAAAUCUUUUGCAGAAGAAGGUGAAAUGGUCUUUUCCCCAACAGAUGGGUCUCAUGCAACCAAGAUUCUAGAGAAUGUUCGGUCUUUAGGUUGGGAAGGGUUUGUGCAGAAUCCAGGUGAUUAUGUUGCUGAAAUCGUUCUUGAGUUCUACGCCAAUAUCAAUAAAUCUGAAAGAACUUCGAAAAUUGGCGGGAAAGAUGAAAUAUUCAUGGCAGAAGCUUUUAAAGAACUCUGUCCAGAUGGUGUUAGGAGUUAUUAUAAGAAUUCUUGGAGUAUCGCUGGAUCAUGUAUGCUAGAAACUGCUAGAACAUGGGGUAAAUUUGUUAGUUCUCGAUUAAUGCCUUAUCAGAAUACCUCUAAUUACAAUCUGGAAAGGGUAAAGUUGUUGUAUGCAAUUCAGAGAAGUCUACCUAUAAAUGUCGGGAGAAUGAUUAGUGAUGAAAUUAUUGCUAGUCGUUUUUCAAAUGAGUCUAAAUGUCUGUUUUACCCAUCAACCAUUACUCGCCUCGCAGAAAUGUUUAAUGUUGAUAUGAGUAACUUUAGGAGGGUUCAAAGUAAUUAUGCUAUUGAUCAAAGUUAUCUUUCUACAUUACAACCUCCGCGAGGCAUUGAAAGAAGAGCUUCACAUGGCCAAACAAGUUCCGAAAGUCUAGAAUUAGAAACUAAUGUGCAACCUAUGCAAACAGAAACUAACAUUGCCCCUGCGACUGUCUCAUCGGAUAUUCUUGCUUGUCUGCAACAAAUAAUGCUAAAACAAGAGGAGAUGACAAGAAAUUGGAAUGUGUUUAAAAACGAGCAGGAAGGACUUUGCGGCCGCACAAUUCUGGGCCGCUGCCGCACUUCUUCAGUUUCUGCGGACCGCACAAUUAUGAGUGCGGCCGCGCUCUUGAGUUCCUUUUAUGAUCAUAAUAAUGAAGGAACAAAACUUUAUGAACAGGACAGGAUUCAAAAAUCAAACUAA